AAACAAAUCUCUUGCGUGAUCUCUUGUGCGAAUGCGGAAGUGCGAACGCUUGUGGCCUUGUACGAAGAAGGAAGACGAACUCACGAGCCUGGACCUGCGACGGAGACGCGACGAACAGGAAUAGGAGAACAGCAGACCACCAGCUGCGCCGCCGUCCACUCCGGCUCUGCGCUCUCCGCCUCUCCGAAUCCGGGUCUGCCUGGCCGCCUGGGCUCUGUCUCCAGCUCCGCUGCUCCAGCAUACAGAUCUCUGCAUUGCAGGUUUUUCUUCCUGAUAAUUUGAAGAAUAAAUAUAAAAGAAGUUUAGUAGUGUCAAAGUACUGCUUUCUGCUUUCAGGCGAUGAAGAUGCAAACUUAAAGCAAAUGCAGGUGCACUCACCAAUUUUGAGGUGCUUGAGUUUCUAAGAUCAAGAGGAGCUGGAAGGGGUGCUGCACGUGUCAUGCUCCCAAUUUUGGCAUCUGAGUUUAAGGUUUUUGAUUAUUUAGAACAGACUGUUGUGUGCACUAAUCAGACUAGAGAAAUUAUUGACCAAUUUGUAGAAAAAUGUAAAAGCUUCAAUAUAUCAAAAGCUGAAAUUUUGAACAUCAUCAAUGUCAGACCAUGUACUCUAUCUCAAAUUUACCCGAUAAUAGAGGAAUAUGAUGUUCGGUUUCCGAGAAGUGAGGAAACUGGUGAUGAGGAAGAGAUUGAAGAACCUUUGAUGGCACUGGUCGAGACAAUACAACAUGUUUUGCCUGCCCCUCCUUCGCCAAUGCAGGAGGCUAAUGGGGAAGUUGACGAAAAAGUUGGUGAAGAGAUGGAUGAAGAGAGAGUCGUUGAGACUAAUGAAUAGUAGCACACUUUACUCAGGAGAUUUGUAGGUGUUAUGUGACCAGUUUUCAAUUGGAUUGGUUAAGACAAUACAACCCUAUGUCACUGUGUUGAGUGUAAAAUAGAGCCUUUGGUUGUAGAUCUUUGAAGUAGAGUUUUUUAUGCUGAUAUUUGUGGUAAUGUUUAUCAUAAUAUGCCUCGAUAUAUUUUAUGGCCAAUUUUUCGUUCUGUCCAUUUUAAUUUCUGAACUCAAUCUUCUACUUGAACAUGUUUUGUAGCUGGAAUAUUUACAAAAUUGGUAGUGGUCUACAAACUUUUCAA